AAAUAAAUAAAACAGUAUGUAUGACAAGCAUAAUGUGUAGGUUAGGUAAAUUAUAUCCGUUAUUUGUUUUAAGAAAUGAUAGUAAGUCGUGUUCAACAGUUUUGCAUGAAAGCUAUUUUAGUUUCUUCUUUAAUCUUGCAAACGGCAGUAAUUUGUGAACCGAUAAAUGCUUCUGUUUCGCUAGCAGUAGAAGGCAAUGGAUUUCAUAGAUCCUUACAGUACCAAAUAAAUGUUGAUAAUUUGAUAGAAGAGUGUUACGUCUCCAUUUAUUUGAAACUUCCAUCUGAUUUAUAUGUUAAUGUUCACGAAUUAGAUAAUUUAAGAAGACUUGGAGUCAGUACAGCAUGUUCAGAUGGAGAAACUGAUAUUGAAGUGUUUAAAGAGAGAGCAGAAACUCAAAACAUUACUAUUUGUUCAUUGUUAACUAAUAAGCAAUGUACUAUGAAAUUACCAAUUCAUCAGCGUUAUCAGUAUGCCAGUAACAUUAACAAAUAUGUGAAUAUUACAUUACCAAAGCCAAAAUUGCUUAUAGGUUGUAGAAAGAGAAUUACUGAGUAUAGAGUUUCUAAAAUAGACUUAUGUUCUCCAUGUGUAGAAUUUGUACCCAAAUGGAGAGAAAUUUCAUAUGUUAUGUAUACAAAACAUGAAUGGACAAUACCAGUUGGUGAUACAGCUAGUCUAUCCGCAGUAACUUAUAUCACAUUAUUAUUAACAAUCUUAUGUACAAUUUAUCUUAUGCGAACAAUUUGGAGGUCCAUGUCAAGACAACAUCAAAAAGAAGAAUAAUACAGUUGAAAUAUAAUUCUUAUAGAUAUUUUUAUACUAUGAUUUAAUGAUAUAAAAAUUU